AUGUCUACAACUAGAGUAGUUAGACCAGUUUCAUCUACUGAUGAUCUUCGAAUAUCACCAUCACCAUCUCCAUCACCAAUGUCUGGAAGAUUAAGAAGCAUGUCUCCAGAAAAGAGAAGAAUAACUUCUCCCUUGUCCUAUAAAUAUGAUGACAAUAAUGAUAUUAGAUCAUUAGUAUCAUCUCCAAAUUUAACUCCAACUCAUUUAAGACAAUUAUCAAAAUCACCAGUAUCUAAGAAAUUACAUGUAACUCCUGUACGCGAAAAUAGUAAAUAUAUUAUUCCAGUACCAUUUCAAUUAACCCUCCCUCCAAAAUUAAGUCGAUCCCCUCCAAAGAGAAUAACUAAUAAUAAUAAUAAUAAGAAUAAUCCAUAUGGAGUUAAUAAUGGAACCAGGACUUCAUCUGGAACUUUAAUAUUCACACCGAAUGGCUACACUAAACUAGACACUCUGUCAGAAGACGAGGUGGAAGAAGAAGAUUUGAUUGACAUGGAUGAAAUGACUUUAGGAAGUAAGAAUAGCAGUCUAACUGACAAACUUAUAAACCUACAAGAUUCAACUCAAACAAUCCAACCCAACAGCAAACCAAUACCAUCCACAGUGACAGAUGAUCAAGAGUUUGAAAUCAAACUUUCCCUUCCUAGAAGACCAAUAAGUUUGCCAACACCAAUUAAUAUGAAUAAAUUCCAAAUACCCAAUCGAUUCAAAGAUCUUGAUGAAUUAAGUAUAAUUGAAGAAGUCUCAAAUACCGGUUCGAGACUGUCAAGUGUAUUAAGUAAACACAACUCACUUCCUAAGAAAUUUGUCAAAAGUCUUCCUCCAACCCCUGCAAUGAGUAUUAAAGAUGGCGAAAAUCCAUUUAUUGAUAACAAACCCAAAGACAUGGAAUCUUCUUUUACCAUUAAACAAAAGGAAUCAUUACCUAAAUUACCAAAUUCACCGGCUUUUUCCACCACCCGACCAAAAUCAUUAUUCAUUAGUCCAGAACAAUCAAUUGAAAUAUCAAAGAAUGUUAAACGUACCUUAAGUGACAAAUCAUUAGUAUCAUCAAUCGGGUCAUUCAGUACAAUUGGAGAAUUUAUAACCACGCGAAUGGAAACAUCAUCACCAACAUUAUCAGCAUUAUCCCCAGGAAAACCAAACAAGCUUGCUGCUACCACCCCAGAAAAACCCAAAGUUGAAAACAGCAUUGUGAUUCCGAAGAGUCCAAGUAGAAAACCUCCAUUGGUUAAUCAGGUAUAUAAUCGCGGAAAGGUGUUGAAACUUGCUCCAGCGCCAAUUGAAGAGGAGUUCAUCCAACAAUCUAAGAAACAGCAGGAAUCACAGCGAAAAGGGAUUCCAAGGUCACCCAAUGCAAAGAAUUUAGCUAUAUUACCUGAACUUGAAACUCAUUUAAUCUCCAAGAAAACCACUCAUGCAACAUUAAACAGUUCCAAGUCGACAGUUGAAGAUAAAAGCACAAUCCUGCUCACAAAACCUCCCAAUCCAUUUGUCACCAAUAAUACAAGAAACAUCUCAGAAUCAUCAACAGGUUCCUGUGAUUCCGCAACCAGUACGGAAUCAUAUAAUUCAAUCCAAGAAUCAAUCGAUAUCAGAGUUGGAGAUCUUAGUCGUAGACGUCCAAAAUCAGCUCCUCAAUUAAACUUUAAUCCACAUUCUAAUAAAUUACGUCAACUUUUCCAUGCUGUAGAACAAGAAAUUAUGAGCCAAGAUGAUGAUAAUGAUGAUGACGAUUGGGAAGAUGUGAUGAGUAAUAAAUCCUCCAGCCAAGAAUCAUUAAUUCAACCAUUACAUAUCAGUCGCAAAUCCACCACCACAAUUUUCAUUCAACAUGACUCUCAAGCCAAUGAUGAUGAGGAUGAAGAAGUUAAUCAAGGCUCGGGGAAGAAUUUUCAAUUUCCGAAUAAUAACAGCAACAUAACCAACAGCCAGAUAACCAAGCUGAAACCCGACACGGAACAUAAGAAGAGAUAUAGUUUUUAUUCCUCAACUGGCCAAAUCGAGAUUCCUGACCUAAAUGACCAAAGAGUUUUGGAUGAAUAUUCUCAGGGAACGCCAUCCUCAUAUAAUGGAACUACGUUUUCCGAUAUUAGAUCGGUGAGUACACACUCUGACACAGGAACUAAUGGUAGCGGGGAUGGUAAGGAGUUGAAUGUGCCUGGAAAGGAAGCGGUCAGGCAUUUCAAUCGACAAUUUGGUAUUUUGGGGUUGGAUAAUGAAGAUGACGAAUCGGAAUCAGACAUGGGGUUCGGGAUGAGAUUGAAGGAAUUAUAUGGGAAGAAGAAUAGCUUGGAACAACAACGGACUAAUAAUGAGGUAAACAAUAGUUCAGUACAGGCGAAGAAUACAGAAGAGGCCGAUAAGAAAGAGGCACAACUGCCAUUUGGCGAUUUUAAAUCCAUUCCUCCAACAUAUAUACAAUCCAAAAAUACAUUAAGAAGAGGCUCUCCAGUCAAACACACAAGGCAUAGAUCAAUGUAUAACAUUGAUUUUAACCCCGAAACAAGUAUCAGAACCCCCAGCGACACCCACACCAGGUCCAAAUCUUUAGGAGAAACACUCAAAGAACCAACAGCGCCACUCAAUAUAAAACCGAAACAUCAUUCCCCUUCUCCAUCCAGAAAAGAAGCCAAACCAGUCGAAGGAGAAAUCAUGAAUAUUAGCGUCGCACCACCACCUUCCAAAGUUAAUUAUGCUGUCGAUUUCCAGGAAUCAAAGACAGUGGAUUGUGAUGGUGAUUUGCCCGGCUUGGCUAUGCAUGACAAACUUAUUCUGAACAUGAUUAAAGAAAUCCAAAACAGGCAGAUCAAAGAAAAGACCACAAAGAAAGCUGACGAAGAGGAUACUGAAAAUGUGGUGAUUGAUUUGACUAAAGAUGAAAAGAUUGAUUUGUGUUUUGUGGUAAAUAGAAAAGAUUCUAUACUUUCUUACAAAUCUGUGACUGAGAAACUUAAGGAUGGAAAAGAGGUUGAAGUCGUUAUAGUCGAUGAUGUCGAUGACGACGACAAUGAUAACACAAUUAAACAAUACGAUACUGAAACUGAACCAGAACUGGAUGAUGACAUCUUGAGCAUAAUCUCAAAAUAUAAAACCAAUUGGGGCACUUCCAGACAACCAUCCACGACUUCAUCGUGUACGACACUAGGAUCAAAUCCGGAAAUAGCGGAAGUGACGAAGCUUAACUAUAAACUUCCAUAUAAUGUUCAAUUAAAAGAAUUGAGUACGAUGCCGACUUCAAGUCGAGUGUUGCAUGAAUUAGCUAAGAAGAGAACUGGAGGUGGUGGUUCAAUUUCUUCGUUGUCGUCCUCAGCUGGUGGGAGUUCGGUGACGUAUGUUUCCAAUAGGAUUAGGAUUCCAAGGUCUCCAAUGAAAACGAGUGAACCAAAAUAUGUGGUUGCAACACCCGAGAAGAUGAAUGUAAUCCAGAAGGCAGUUCCAGAGAUGAAACCUUUACAAGAGACUCAAGAAUCAGUGGAGAGUAAAGACAAGAGUCAAGAAUCAACCAUGGCCAAAGAAUUGAACAUUGAAAAGCCUAGAAACACAACAGCAACACUAUCAAGAACUCGAAGUGCUAGUGAAUCAUCAAAGCUCACUCUGAAAGAGGAAAAAAGAAAUACUAUACCAUCGCAUACAUACGAUUCUAAUUACUUUGAUUAUCGAACCAGUGAAAACUACGAUUUUAAUACGUUCAUGCAACAACGUAUCAGCACUGGACCAUAA